AUGACAAAAUACAAGACAUUGAAGAUACAUUUAUCAGAUCUAAUAUAUAAUAGUAGCUUAGAUAAUAAUGAAAUCCAUAGUAAUUUGGAAGAUGAUAAUAUUGACAGCAAUGAUGAAAUACAUAAGAAUAAUGAUGAUGAUCAUGAACUAUCUACUGAUAAUGGAUUAACAACCAGUAAAGAAAGAACUUUGCAGCAUAAAAAAACAAAAAACCUCCUUCUUUCAACAGCACAAUUUUCUAGAUUAGUUAAUGAAAUUACUACAAAAAUUCAUCCACAUGUAGCACUUGAAUGGGAAUCCAUAGCAAUUCUGGCACUUCAGGAAGCCUCUGAACAGUAUUUGAUCGAUUUUCUUGAGAAAGC